AUGGUGGGCCCCGAGCUCGCCGCCAACAAGGACUACAUCCAUCACGCACGCGGAUACACAGAGGAAGUGACUUCCUGGAACGCGCCUCUCUUCGCCAUGCCCGCCUUCCUGCGCGUGCCCUUUUGGUGGGUUUCGAAAGGCGGGCGGCAAAUCCGGGCGCACCAGCGCGAGGUACAAAAGUUUGUGUACCCAGAGCUGCGCAGGCGACAAGCGGCAGGAUACGAGAGCAAGAAUUUUGCCAUGCUGGAUGGACUGUUGAAGAGCGCAAAGGACGACACGGAGGCGUCGUACGCCAGAAUUGUGAACCAAGAGCUCUUCUUGACGUUUGCGGCUGCGGGCUUGUUCUCCGUCGUCGUGUGUCAGCUUAUUCUUUCGGUGCUGGGACAUCCACAGUACAUGGAGCCGCUGAGGGAGGAGAUCGAGAAGGCGGUGCGCGAAUGCGGGGGUUGGAAUAAGGAUGCCUGCGCCAGGAUGCCGAAGUUGGAUAGCUUUUUGCGAGAGACGUUGAGGUUGAGUCCUCCUACCGCCCUUACACUGCAACGAAAGGUCGACCAGGAUAUUCCAUUGUCGAAUGGCGAAGUAGUCAAGGCGGGUACGCUAAUCGGGUUUCCCACUCUGGCCAUCCAACGAGACGAAGAGUACUAUGAGCGCCCGUUGGAGUUUGAUGGAUACCGAUUCUAUGACGCGGAAACGAACUCGGUCAAGGUCAAAUCGGUGACGCAAAGCCCCACCGAAACUUCCAAGAUUGUCUUUGCAAAGUUCUUGGUCGACUACGAGAUGCGCUUUACGCCUAAACGCACAGGCAAGCCCCCCUUGAUUCUUGCCGAAGAGCUUGGCUUCCCAUACCGACUGUCCGUCAUCGAUACCCGUGAUGAGUGGUUCUAUGCGGUACAUCCGGAGCGCAUGGUUCCAUCCCUGAAAGACCGGGACGACGUGACUGGAGAGAAGAUUAUUGUCUUUGAAGGAACAGCGUGCCUGCAGUAUCUGACUGCAAAGUACGAUAUUCACGGGGAAUGGGCGGGCAGAACGGCAUGGGAGAAGGCACAGGUCCUCUCAUGGACGGCUUUUCAGACAGCCGGGCUUGGUGCGACGGCCAAAUACUGGCUCUACUUCAUGCGAGGAUAUCCCACUAGGCAGAACCCCGAGCCUAUGCCCAAGACAUGUGCAAAGUAA